AUGGCGAGGAAUCUCGUUCAGAAAUGUGGCGGCCUACCAUUAGCUCUUGUGGCUUUGGGUAGCAUGAUGUCGACAAGGAGAUUAGAAUCAGAAUGGAGAAGAGUUUACAAUAGCUUGAACUGGGAACUGAGCAAUAAUCCCGACCUCAAGGAUGUUCACAGGAUCUUAAUUCUUAGUUUCAACAAUUUGUCAUAUCUAUUUAAGCAUUGUUUCCUAUAUUGUUGUAUUUUUCCAGAAGAUUACAUCAUUAAAAGGAAGAAGUUGAUCAGGCUAUGGAUGUCACAAGGUUUUGUGCAAUCAACUAGAGGAGUAAAACCAGAAGAAGUGGCAGAUAGCUAUCUCAUGGAACUUGUUUAUAGAAACAUGUUCCAAGUGGUGUUUAGGAACCACAAUGGGUGUCCAAAAGCAUUCAAGAUGCAUGAUAUGGUCAGGGAGAUUUCUUUGAUGAUAUCUAGAGAUGAGAAAUUUUCCGAUGUGUUAAAUGAUAAGGCAGAAGAUGUCCAAGAUGGCGAAACUCACCAUUUAUGCAUUCAGAUGGAGAUAAGUUCGAAUCUUGAAGAUUCUCGCAUCAGAAAACUGCCUGAUUCGUUGACGACUUUGUUCAACUUAAAGUACUUGAAUUUGACGGGAACUCGUAUCAGAAAACUUCCAAAAUCUUUUUGUAGACUCCUUAACCUGGAGACGUUGAACAUUAAGUUCUCUAAGAUUAAAGAGCUUCCUACGGGGAUCUCAAAGUUGGAAAACUUGCGAUAUCUUGUUACUUUUAGCCAUAGUAACUCUGAUUGGAGCAUCGUUUCAGGCACAAAGGUCUCGCGAUAUAUUUGUCAAUUGAAGAGAUUGCAAGUCAUGGACUGCAUCCAUGCUGAAACCGAAGUCAUUAGGAACCUCGGUGACAUGACACAACUCACAAGGAUCGGUCUGGUCAACGUGAAAAGACAACAUGUAUAUGACUUAUGCAAUGCCCUCACUAUGAUGAAGGAUCUUAGGUUUGUAUCUCUUUGGUCGAUUGAUGAAAACGAGACUCUACAACUUGAUGCAUUGUCACCUGCUGCAACAAUCGAGAAGCUUUUUCUAUCGGGGAAACUAGAGAGGCUACCUAGCUGGUUCAAUACUCUUCACAAUCUUACCGAACUAUGCCUGCGUUGGUCAAGGCUAGCACAAGAUGCGAUCCCUUGCAUCCAAGCACUCCCUUAUUUGGUUUGGCUUUCGUUUUUCAAUGCAUACGAGGGGGAUAAUUAUGCUUUCUAG